AGCAAAAUACGGACAUAAUGAAAUAUGCUAAUCCUAUAGCCCAUGUGGAUAAUAUAAAAGCAUCGUCACAUGCUAUCGGAUGGUAUCUGCCUCAAGGCCCCACACAUGGACGAGACGAGGUGUUCAUAUCCAGAAUGGCAACGAAAGUGUUUUUCAACCUGCCCAGCUGGCAACAUCGGACAAGGAAAAGGGGGUUUUCGGCAUUACGGAACAACACACAGUCCAGACAAAUUGGUAUACUUUCGAAGAUCGACCCCUAUCCUUGGCAUCCUUUAUCGAUGUUUUUAUGAACAGGGUACCAGUUGUGCGUGAACCAGGAUUUCUUACUCCGGAAGAACGUAGGAAGAUGCUCGAAGUGGUCAGAACGCACAGGGAAUACGAUACCGAGAAUACGUGGCCACGCGUUAGAGUGGCAGGCAUUACACAAUACGAUCACAUCAAAGAUAAAAAUCUUUACGUCAAGAGUGUGGAGGAGGCUCGUUUACUGCAGCGUCGCUGGAAGAAUGAAGCCGGUGUUGAUAUUAUCCAACACAUUGCCGAAAAGUUGCGGCAAACCACCAACAUGAAAGUGGAAGUGGCACGAGGAGACGAUGAGUAUUUCGCGGGGGUGCUACGCGCAGUCGACCGUGGCAUUGGAGUCCAUGCCGAUUAUGCACCUUAUGUAAGUUUAAACUGGCACCGGUGAUCUC